UCCAUUUCCCCUUUCAACAGGGCUGCCUAUAAAGAACGGGGGAGAUGGCUUCACCCUCCAGAAGGACGCAGGCAGCAGUGAGCACCCAGGUCCAUCUCUGCAGACAAACAAGCCACACCCCAUCCUCUACUAAGCAUCAUGAAGGUCCCCGGGGCUGCCCUCGCCAUCCUCCUCUGCACCAUGGCCCUCUGCAGUCAGGUCUUCUCUGCACCAUUUGGUGCUGACACCCCAACUGCCUGCUGCUUCUCCUAUGUCUCCAAGCAGAUUCCACGCAAGUUCAUAGCCGACUAUUUUGAGACCAGCAGCCAAUGCUCCAAGCCAGGGGUUAUCUUUCAAACCAGAAGAGGCCGGCAGGUCUGUGCUGACCCCAGUGAAGCCUGGGUCCAGGAAUAUGUGACUGACUUGGAGCUGAGUGCCUGAAUGGCCUGGAAGCUUUGAGAACCCAGUGAAACUCAGUUGGCUGACCAGGGAGCAGAGGUCCAAGCCUUGGAAACACUGCUGUAACCUCCACAUCUAACUCUCAUGUGGGCUGGUUGUUGCCAAACAGCCACACUCUGGAACUCUUUUAACUUAAAUUUCAACUUAUUUAUAUUAUUUAAUUUUUGUUAUUUAUUUUCAAUGUCAUACUCUGUUUGGGACUGUUUGCUCUGAGAGAUCCCAAGAUAUCUUCAGCAUCCCCCCUUCGGUGACUGUCAUAGUUUAUUCUAGGCAGAAGUGGCACCAAAGCCACCAGACUGACAUAUGUGUAUUGUUCAGGGAUGUGUUUAGCUUGGAGAAAUAAUAAAGAUGGUCUUUGGAAAGAAAACUGACAUUGAAUUUGGUUUGGUU